AUGCUCGCAGUGCAGCUUCAACAGGAGCUAACAGAAGUACAGCAAUUCGCAGAGGCCGAGAAGAACAACUUUGCUCAGGCCGGCAACCGACGAGGAGAGGCAGCGAUGCUGCUGGGGACCCAGUUACGACGCUGGUUGUUUCGUACGCUGUCUCGUUCUUUCAUUUUUGUGAUGCAUAUGAUUUGA